UCCAGCGCUCUGGAUCACUCCCUUUGUUCUUUUUUUUCCCUUCUUCUUCUCUUCCCCCCCCGCCCCUUUUUUUCUUUUUCCUUUAAAGCAAUUCCAGGCUGCCAGAAUGCUGAGCCGUGCACACAACAACAACAACACACACACACAGGGGCACCCCCACACUCCAAACCCUGGCGAGACGUCUGGGCUUGGGAAGCUCUUUAUGGGUUUACAGCUCAGGCCUUUCCCCCUCCAGAGUAGAAUGACCAAUUGUUUAGUCUCGGGAUUUGAAACAAUAGCGGUUUUCAAAAGCAAACCCAUUUUGCCUCUUUUAUUGUGGGGAAGAGGGGCUGGAUGGCGGAGUUUUCAGCGCGGAAAACUUCAGCGCUGCGGGGCGAAGGGGAGGGACCCGCUUUUCCCUUUUUUCGCUUCUUUUCCCCCCUCUCCUACUCUCGCUUUUUGGUUUGUUUUAUUCCUCCAGAUCCGAGCGGGACCCCCCUUUAUCUGCCUUCCUCCCUUAAGGAAAUCUCCGCACCCCCUGCUCAGGCUGCAGAGCCGCGCUACGCCGCGAGGUGGCGCCCUUGCUCCACGCUAGACGCGCGUCUCCCGCGCUCGGCCGCGUUGCCCCGCGUAACACCUUGAUCUCAUUAACGGCUGUUUGCCGGCGAGCAUGAAUAAUCCCGAGGCAUAAAAUAUAGGGUUAAUUAUAGCUAUUUUGCCGAUUUUAUAGGUUACAUCUAUUUUUUUUUCCCUGCGAGGGUAAAUUAUGUGAGGCUGAAAUAAAUAAAUAAAUAUUUUUAAAAGAUAGUUAAUCUGGAGGCUGGGAUACGGUGAGAGGUGGGACAUGCUUCUAUUUUAAAUGAUCAUUUGAAGGGGAGGGAAAAACAAAGCCUCGGGUUUUGUCUUUUGCUGGUGCAGGUGGAGGCAGGAGGAUGCUUCAUUAUCUCCAAAGAGAAGAUUUACGUUUGGGGAUGAGGAAAGAGGUUCGAAGGUUUCGGGAAGAAAGGCACAAACAGAAUCAGGACAUUGUCCCCUGGCUCUUUACCUAAGCCGUUGUGAAAAUCUGCGCUUUCUCCCUCUUUUAUAUCUUUAAUAUCCAUAGCCAUAGCCUAAAAAACCCCUCCAAUAUAUGCUUUUAUUGGAAGUAGAAUCGGUCAUUUUGGGUAUAGUUGCUCUUGGGUAUAGUAACGCUUCUGCCCAAGGUCUUUACUUCAUGUCUUUGGAAGUAUUUUAAAAUGCUAAAACCCAGUAAAUUAAUCCAAAGUGCCAUUAACUCACCGCCUUUUGUGACACGUAUAAAUACGCCACUGAUGCAGCAGCCAAGAAGUAAACUUUUAACUCCAUUAGUUCACUUUUAUUUUGGCCUUUGUUUCUUCAAAAUUACAAGGCAAAAAUUAUUGAGACGUUCCAGUCCUUCAGCUACAAAUUCAGCUCCAAAUAACAUACAAAGGAACAGUGACAAAGGUUUAAAAUUCUCUUUCAAAUAGCUAUAAAACAGGUAUUUUCUGAAUCAAUGUUUUUCUGAAGCCACACCAGCAAAUAUGCGAGCUCCUCAAUGAGCAGCAUUCUGGAGGAGAAUGUAACAAAUUAACCAGACAUACACAACAGAGCAGGAUGCGAUGUGUUGUUUUAAGAGUUUAAGCAUCUCCAGGCCCUGUUUAAACGCUAUAAAAUGAAAUAGAAAUGUAAACAGGCAUAGAUGGGGAAAAUAAAGACAAAUCCUGCCCUUGUGCACUCGGGAAAGGCAGAGCAGGAAAACUUCAGGUUUAUCUAGGAGAGGGUUUGGGAUAUUUUUUUUUUUUUUUCCCCCUUUUUCUUUUUUUCGUUAUGAAUUCCUAAUAAAUCUUUCCUCCACUGGGUAUUUAUAAAUUAUCUUCUCUCUCACAGACACGCACACGCACACACAUCCCCGCUUGUUUUUUCUUAUAAUAGAAACAUUUUCCUUUCAUCAGGAAUCUGAGUACAGUAUAGGAAUGAUUUAAGAUCAGCCAUUGAUUUCUGGUGCGUUGGUGAGUUACCAUUACAUCACGACCAUAAAAUUCUACUGCACUUGAUAAAAAUGUUAACUUCCAAGAACAACUUCGCUCCCUCCUUCGGGGGGUCCACGUACAAAAGGGAAUUCCUGUUAUUUUUCACUUUACAAACUUCAACGGAAGGGAGUACGCCAGUAAAAACACAUAGGAGAGAGCCUCUCUUCUAAAAAUACUUUAGUCGAUUCUUCCUUUUAUAUUUAUUUUCCUUUCUUGAAAACUCGAGCAUCCCCACGUCAGGCUGCGAAGCUCUAUUUACUUGUGUGCACCAUUUCGGGGUGUUUAUGUUCAAAGAUGAAACUAAAAGCUGCUCAAUCGACAAUAAAAGUGUUGGGAAAAAGAAAACGUUAACUUGUCUUUUAGGGGGGGAAAAGCCUUAAUUAUACCACUGCAAGUACUCCAACAACAAUAAUUACUUGAAAAGGCUCUUAGACUCCACUGAAAUUAUCCCGACACAAAAUAAAGGAAACGUAUUUACUUAAAUUAUUUCUCUGAGGAUGGUUUAAAGUUUUAUUUCUUUACUAUCUUUCUUUUCUUUCAUUCAUUCUUUCCCCCUCUCUCUUUCUUUCUCUCUUUCUUAAUUCCUUGCCUAUUCCCACUGCCGAUUUUAAUCCAAUAUUUUUAAUUUCCUCAUCCAAAGCCCUGGCAAGACGGACUAACCGGAACAUCGCAACUUUUUACUCUUUUCCAUGUUGUGGAGGUUCAAAAUAGUCCCUCGGAUGAAGGCAGGCACAAGGGAAGCCGCCUUUAAUUCACCUUUCCCGUGUCGAAACCGAGCAGAAGGAUGCAAUGGGAAGCAGCAGAAAUCUACCCAGGGCAAAGGGGGAAUAAAAAAAAAAAUAAUAGAGGUUUAAAAGAGUGUCUUUAAGUCCUAUUGAAGGUUGAAGGAUUGGAAAAUAGAGCUGGGAUGGCGAGGGGCUGGGGCAGCGCUGUGCUGGGGGGCUUGUGUCGUUAUUAGCUGAAAUACGUCUCGGUAAUAUUUGCUGACUGCGAUAAAUGAAUUUCAAAAUCUACCCCCUGUGUGUUUAGAUGGUGGAAAAUUGCAGCGUUGGCAUCUUAGGGGUAAGUUUGCUCCGUUGUUACCAAAUGCCAAUAAAAUAGAAAGCCUCUCUCCCUCAACACCACCACCCCACCCCCCCAAUCCCCUCCUCCCAGUUUUCAUUAGAGGUAUCAUGAAACAAAUAAUGAAAUAAAUAAAAAUGAAGUUCUUGGGGAGGGGUUGAGGUAGGGAACAGCCAUCAGUUACUGACCAGAAAGGUUCUGGUCGGGGUGCGAUAAGCGACGUGACACUUCCAGUCCCAAUCGCCCCCAACCGCAUCUUGGCCAAGUCCUGGAGGAAAGGGGUGGGGGGGAAGAGACGCAGAAAGUCAACCUUAUAUAUGGAAAACUCUGAUCAUUUGAAUUCAAUAUUGACACCUCAACAUCUCGCUGCAACGCGGACGGGUCCAAUCGAAACCUCUGGUUUAUAGCAGUGGAGGAACGAACUCGUAAAAUCCUAACGGCUUUUAUGUAGUGCGGUAUAAACAACAACAACAUCCCCAGCUUUAUGGCGUUUUAUAGUUUGUUAAACAGUUUACAGCCUUUUUUGGGGCUAUUACAAAUGCAAUUCCCUUCAUGUGAUAGUUAAACCUUUAUCAAUAAUAAGGAAAUUGAUCAUUAAAAUGUUAAAUAUGACUACCUCGUUUGUUUUAAAAUAUGUUUAGGGUAAGAAGCUGUAUGAUUUGAUAACUUGUAUUAAAAUACCAAUUACAUUUAUAGGACCUUUUAAAACUGGUAGCAAUUAAAUCGUGUUCUUUUACAGUUUUCCAAAGCGACCCUGACAUUUAAAAAGGCUAAAACUGCCUCGUUAAAAUUUCGAAAUUAACGACUGCGAGCGCUACUCUUUAAUUUUCCAACACUCCCCAAAAAUCAAUCUUUUGGGUGGCCUAGGUAUGUGAUUUGUUGUGAGGCGAGCGAUAUCUCAUUAAUGGAGGUAGUUAAACAUAUUUAAUCCGUAUAUUCACCCCACCUCCUUCCCCUUCCCCUCCGCUCCCUCGCUCGCUCCCUCUCCCUCUCUCUCCCCCUCGCUCGCUUUUCCUUCUUUAUUCUCUCACACUCUUCCUUUCACAAUCAUGCGGUGCAGAGUCCGUGUGGAGUAAGGAGAAGCCAAUAGGAUGAGGUUUUGGUAAUAGAUGCAAAUGAUCAUGAAAAGACACUGCAAAAUAUGAAACAACUCAUUUGCGCUGAAGUAAAUCACUGAAAACUGUUUAUGAACUGGCAUCUCUUCUUGGAAAUGUAAAGCGAGAACUCUUUAAGUGGCGAUUUUUUUUUUUUUUUUUUAGGGGUGGGGGGGGAGGAAGGAAUUCAAUAUCAUGCAGGCUUAGAGUUUUGAUUAUAUCCUCCUUUUAUAUUCCUGGAAAUCACAAACUGUCGUUGCUUUGCAUCUUAGCGCUUUCUUUUUUUCCUAAUAGAUUCCCGUGCUCUGGGUUUGGUUGGCUUCUUUUUUUUUUUUUCCCCCCCUUUUUUUUUUGGGGGGGGGGGGUCAAAUUUUCUUCCUCCUCCAAACAAAUAUUCUUAUUUAAAUUAAAAUGAGCUCUUAUUUUGUCAACUCACUCUUCUCCAAGUACAAAACCGGGGACUCCUUACGUCCCAACUACUAUGACUGCGGGUUCGCUCAGGAUCUGGGGGGCAGACCCACGGUGGUGUACGGACCCAGCACGGGGGGCACCUUCCAGCACCCGACCCAAAUCCAGGAGUUCUACCACGGAGCAUCCUCACUCUCCAGCUCCCCUUACCAACAGAAUCCCUGCGCCGUGGCGUGCCAUGGGGACCCCGGCAACUUCUAUGGCUACGACCCCUUGCAAAGGCAGAGCCUCUUCAGCGCCCAGGACUCGGACUUGGUGCAGUACACGGACUGCAAGCUCGCUGCCAGCGGCCUCGGAGAGGAGGCGGAGAGCUCGGAGCAGAGCCCUUCUCCGACCCAGCUCUUCCCCUGGAUGCGCCCGCAAGCAGCCGCUGGACGGAGGAGGGGGAGGCAAACCUACAGCCGCUACCAGACCCUGGAACUGGAGAAGGAAUUUCUAUUUAAUCCCUACCUGACCCGCAAACGGAGGAUCGAGGUCUCGCAUGCCCUGGGAUUGACAGAAAGGCAGGUUAAAAUCUGGUUCCAGAACAGAAGAAUGAAAUGGAAAAAGGAAAACAACAAAGACAAGUUUCCCAGCAGCAAAUGCGAGCAGGAAGAACUGGAAAAACAGAAAAUGGAAAGAGCCCAGGAGGUGGACGAGGAAGGGGAAGCACAGAAGGCAGACAAGAAAUAAAAGGAUUUUUAAGGACUGAAAGGCAAGAGCUGCUGGGGUGGCAGAGCCCCCGAGCCCCACGUUAAUGGCAGUUAAUGUAAGGAAGGGGUGGGAAAAAAACCAACAAUGCAUAGAAAAGAGAAAGGGGAAAAAAAAAAAAAAAGAAAAAAAGAAACCUUUUAUUGCUGUAAAACAAUAUAGCUGUAAGCACCACUUCCCUGAUUAUCCUUUGAUACAAUGAACAGUAUGCAAAAGUGGUCGGGAGGUCUCUCCUGCCUUUUGCCAGUUAUUAACUAGUGGUAGUGUAACGCAAUAGCUUAUGUAAAACAUGACUGUGAAAUCUUCUCUCUCUCUCUGUCUUUCUCUCUGUCUCUCUCUUCUGUCCGGGGGGGUGGGUUGGUUAACAUAGCUUUCAAUGCUAUAGGAGUUAUGUGAAAUUACAUUUGUGCACUUUUUUCUUUCAUUUUUGCUUAAGUUCCACGUUUUUUGUUGUGGUUUAUCUGUAUGUACUGGAGGUAGCUAUUGAGACAAACAUCCCAACAACAUGAAACUGCCUAUUUAUGCUAUAGUUAUCUCUCUUUCUCUCUUUGCUUUCCCUACUUCUGUUCUUUGCCUUGGUUCGGGAUUUUAUUUUUCUUUUUUUUUUUUUUUUUUACACUUUUUAAAUGUCUCUUAAAAAAAAAGGGGAAAAAAGAAAAAAUACAAGAAAAAAAAGCUUUUUUUCUCUCCUUUAGUUAGCAUGCGCACAGUGAAGCAAGUUGUAAAGUGGUCUUUAGGUUAACUGUGAAAAAGAAUGUAUACUGUAUACGUGAAUUACUUUAUUGGGGGAACUAAUGAUAUAUUUUGUUGUUCUUUCAUCACUUUGUUCUAUUGUCUAAACCUGGAAGCGGCGGAAGAAAGUUACAAUAAAGUUUACAAGCGAGAAUCCCGUGACAUCAUUAUUUUACCCUGCUCCAUUUCCUCCAGGACCACUUUGAUAGAAAGGAAAUAAAAGUCAAUUGUGUGGGAGCUGCAGCCCGGCCAUCAAAGGCUGCUCUGCCCUGGCCGGGGCUGCGCUGGGCCGGGCUGCGGCCGGGCUGCGGCCGGGCGCCGCGGGGAGGGGCGCGCAGCGGCGGCGGCGGCUCCUGCUCUUGUUGUGCUUCCCAGCAGAGCUCCUGGGUGGUGACAGGUUGGGAGGCUGUGUGGAAAUCCUUCCUGAAGCAGAAGCAAAGCAGCCAGCUGGUGAGGUUUGACUUCUAACUGCAAUUAAGCCCCGCAGAACCGCUGACACGCCGAACAAGGGAUCUGUACACUCCUUUUUCGCAACAAGAAAAGCAAAUGCCAGCUCGAUAAGAAGCUCAAAGCCGGUGGCACUGGAAUAAAUUACAGAUAGAGCUGAAUGGCAUUUGGGAAAAAAAGAACCCUGAAACUAUUAAACUAUUAGGUAUCAAUGA